AUGAACGGUACAGAGGGACCGGCAUUCUACGUGCCUAUGUCCAACGCCACCGGCGUUGUUAGGAGCCCGUACGAGUAUCCCCAGUACUACCUGGUGGCGCCAUGGGCAUACGCCUGCCUGGCCGCGUAUAUGUUCUUCCUCAUCCUCACCGGCUUCCCCAUCAACUUCCUCACUCUGUACGUCACCAUCGAGCACAAGAAGCUGCGUACACCUCUCAACUACAUUCUGCUGAACCUCGCUGUGUCCGACCUCUUCAUGGUGUUCGGUGGCUUCACCACGACGAUGUACACCUCCAUGCAUGGCUACUUCGUUUUCGGGCGCCUCGGCUGCAACCUGGAAGGCUUCUUUGCCACCCUGGGUGGUGAAAUGGGCCUCUGGUCCCUGGUGGUGCUGGCCUUCGAGAGGUGGAUGGUGGUCUGUAAGCCCGUGAGCAACUUCCGCUUCGGAGAGAACCACGCCAUCAUGGGCGUGGCCUUCACCUGGGUCAUGGCCUGCUCCUGCGCCGUGCCUCCUCUGGUGGGCUGGUCUCGUUACAUCCCCGAGGGCAUGCAGUGCUCGUGCGGAGUCGACUACUACACUCGCGUACCUGGCGUUAACAACGAGUCCUUUGUCAUCUACAUGUUCAUCGUGCACUUCUUCAUUCCGCUCUUCGUCAUCUUCUUCUGCUAUGGCCGCCUGGUCUGCACCGUCAAGGAAGCCGCUGCCCAGCAGCAGGAGUCCGAGACCACCCAGAGGGCCGAGCGCGAGGUCACCCGCAUGGUGGUCAUCAUGGUCAUCGGUUUCUUGAUCUGCUGGCUCCCCUAUGCCUAUGUGGCCUGGUACAUCUUCACCCACCAGGGAAGCGAGUUUGGGCCUCUCUUCAUGACACUGCCAGCCUUCUUUGCCAAGACCGCUGCCGUCUACAACCCGUGCAUCUACAUCUGCAUGAACAAGCAGUUCCGUCACUGCAUGAUCACCACCCUGUGCUGCGGCAAGAACCCCUUCGAGGAGGAAGAGGGCGCCUCCACCACUGCAUCCAAGACCGAGGCUUCGUCCGUGUCUUCCGUGUCCCCUGCGUAA